AUACACACACUGAUUGCGUGCGUGCGUGCGUGUGUGUGAGUGCGUGCGUGUUUAAGUGCUUGUGCCAGUGAGUGCGGCCCAUGUUAAGGUGGCCCUGUUUUUUGGCUAAUUAUAUAGCUAGUCUGUCUAGCUAGAGCUAAAACAUGGAAGGAACACCGGGAACAGCAGACGCUGCCGACGUCGUAGUAGAACCUCCUGGCCAGAAAACUGUGCCACUGCGAAAACCAAGGAUAACGUUUAGCGACAACUCCAGCUCCCUAAUACGCUGCGUACCCAACGAACGUGCGACAUUCUUUGUCAAAAUCGACUGCGAUGAGGAGGAUGAAAUGGAAUUUUUGCCCUUCACAUUUCAAUGGACCCGUGGCGAUAUACCCAUCGAGAACUCCGAUCGCUUUCGCAUCACACAGACCAGCAAUGCCGUCCAGCUGGCCGUGGAGCAUGUGCAGCGCGAGGAUGCUGGACACUAUACCCUGUUUGCCCGCACGAAAGGCAGCGAGGUGGCGCGCCGGCAUGUGGAGCUCAUUGUCGAGGACAGAUCAACGGGCGAGGAUCCACCCGUAUUUCUGCGUCGCCUUGUCGAUCUCUCCGUCAAAGUGGGAACACGAACUCGCCUCCUAACAGAAAUACGCAGCUCAACAGAUCUUAAGUUAACGUGGUAUCGAAACGAUCGCAGAAUAUGUGAGAACGAUCGCAUCACCGAGACGAAUGAGGGCACAUUUCACUACUUGGAAGUGAGUCCCGUUGUGCUCGAGGAUGGGGGCCAAUGGAUGUUGAUGGCCGAGAAUAUGGGCGGACGCAAUUCCUGUUUGGCCACACUGAAUGUGCUGGUGCCCAAGGCCUAUAAGACGCCCGAGUUUGUCGAGGAGCUGCGAGCGGUGCUCACCGAGCAGGGCACCGUGUCGCUGGAGUGCAAAGUGGUGGGCGUGCCCACGCCACAUUUGCGCUGGUUCAAGGACUCCAAGGAGAUCAAAGCGGGCGACAUAUUCGCGCUCACCGCCAAUGCCGAUGAUCCCACGUCGCUGGGCACGUAUACGUGUGAGGCGAAGAACUGCAUGGGCGUCACCUACUCCAGCUCCAAGGUGCAUGUGGUGGGCCGUGGCAGUCGCGAGGGCUCACUCAAGCCGGCCGACAACGUCAGCAGCAGCGCGCCGCCGCCGAUCUUCACGAAUGAGCUGCGAGACCAGAGCGUCCAUAUCGGCGACACCAUCAUACUCGGCUGUCAAGUUGUGGUUCCGCCUUGGCCCAAAAGCGUCACCUGGUAUAACAAAGAUGGACGUGUGGAGACCGAUGAGCGCUACAAACUAAUCGAAGAUGGCCUCGGCGUCUAUAUGAUUGAGAUCAAGCCCUCGGAAUCGUGCGAUGCCGGCGACUGGAAAUGCGUCGUCACCAGCUUCGAGGGCAUUGUGGGCAUUUCAACUUGUGUUGUCAACAUGGACAUUCCUCGUAAUUAUCGCAAGCCCAGAUUCAUGGAGAGCCUGCGCGCCGUGCUGACUGAGGAGGGUUUGGUUUCAUUUGAGUGCAAGGUAGUUGGCUUUCCCACGCCAGUGCUCAAGUGGUUCAAGGACGGACACGAGCUGAAGCCCGGCGACGUUUAUCAGCUGACGGGCACCAAUUCCCUAGGCACCUACUGCUGCAUCGCCCGCAACUGCAUGGGCGAGACCAGCAGCACGGCGGUGCUCACCGUGGAGGAUAUACAGAGUCAGCUGACAGACGAGGAGCGUUUGGUCUUUACGCAUCAGAAUCAAGCGCCCAAGUUUCUAACCGGCCUGAAGAGCACCGAUGCCAAAAUCAACGAACCAUUUCAAUUUAAAGUUGUGGUCAGGGCCACACCAGAUCCAAUUCUCAGCUGGUUCCGGGACGAGCUGCCCAUCGAUCCGAACGAGCGAUACAAUCACUAUCGGGGCGAGAAUGAGGAGUGGCUGCUGGACAUCAAGUCGGCCGAGUUUGUCGACCAGGCCGAGUGGAAGUGUGUGGCCGUCAAUGACUUUGGCACCAGCAUUACCUCGUGCUUCCUCAAGCUGCAGAUACCGAGGCACUACAAGAAGCCCCGAUUCCUCGAGUGUCUGCGCGCAGUGCUCACCGAGGAGGGGGCCGUCAAUCUGGAGUGCAAGGUCAUUGGUGUGCCACAGCCGGUGCUCAAGUGGUACAAGGAUGGCGUGGAGCUAAAGCCGGGCGACAUACACCGGAUUAUUUCUGGCCAGGAUGGCACCUGCUGCUUGGGCACCUACACCUGCGAGGCCCGCAACUGCAUGGGCGUUGUGGCCAGCUCCGCUUCGCUGCUGGGCUUCGAGGAUGCGCAGCGAGCACAGAAACCAGAGCAGUCUGAGAUGAAUGAACUACAAAGGAACCUAUCGCUGUCCACCAUUCAAGAGGAGCACACAUCGCAGCUCUAUGAGACGCCAGUGGGCGAUAUAACCAUAGACGAGAAGGGCGAUGUAUCCUUCUCCUUUGACGGCAAAGAAGUGUCAGUGUCCCUGUACGAAACACCUGACCUAACCGAAGAGGAGGCUCUGAAGAUUGUUGAGAUGUAUGCCGAUCAGAUAUCGGAGCAUGUGACGGAGCACAAUAUUGUGGAGCUGCCGCCACUGCGUUUCGUCAAGGAGACUUCACAGUCCGGCAAGCUACUCAUGGAGGCAGUCGUCAUAGAUAUAGCACCCGAGUACUUCACCCAUGAUGAGGAUUUGCGCACUGAGGCGGGCAUGGAUGACAUAUCCAUCACUGAGAUCACCGUGCACGGCUCCUCGGGCAGGGAGGGAGUCUUCGAUAAGCAAACAGAGAAAUAUGCACAACAAUCGUUUGAGAAAAUGGAGGAGGAGCUAUCCUUAUCAGCACCUAUACGAAAGCGCAAGAAAUCCCGACCCACGGAAACGGAUGAGUUCUUUAGUUUGUCCAAGGCAUCCGGAUCAGGCAGCCAGGGUGAGGAGGAGACAUCUGAUCUGCAAACGUUUGCCAGUGCUCAGAUGUCCACAUCACAGAAGGCAGCUCUGGCCAGCGAAGGCGAAGCAGCCGCUGCCGCCCCACCAAAGCGUAAGAAGUCCAAGAAGCCCACGGAUAGCGAUUCCUCGAAGACCACUGAGGACGACGCCAAGCUCCAGGACAUUUCGGGCGCUGUGGGCGAUGGAUUAAUGAUGCAGCCAGCAUCGCAGAUGAAAGCCGUAACUGAUGAGGCGGAGAUCAGCAAGAAUCUCAUGGCAUUGGUGCCCCUGGCCAAAUUGCUGAGAGUCAUUGAGAAUCAUUUGACUGUGGUCGAGGCAGAGGUACUGGACCAGUCCACCAUGAUGAUGACACCAGCAGCUGCUGAUCAAAGCAUUGCCAUCAUCCGGGAUAUUCUGGAGCCCAUCAAACAGAUCGAAUCGAAGCUGCGCGUCUACUCGGGCGAGACCCAGAUCGAUGCACUCAUCCAGACCAUGGAGGACGACAUACGCAGGCUGCACAUGGGACUGCAGGUGAUCGAGAAGUGCGUGGAGAUAGACGAGACGGGCGCCACGCUCAUCCAAAGGACGAGCGUUUGCAUUAUUGACAGCGUGGCGGAGCAUAUGAAGCGGGCGCUCGAGGAGUUGAAGAUUGUCAGCUCGAAAUUCGAAUCGGAGAGCUUGCGAAAUCAAAUCAACUUGACGGCAGAUGAUAUACACCAGGGUCUGGAAAUAACCCAGGGCACCAUUAGAUCACAGGCUCUGCUGCAGGAGGCCCAAGAAUUGGAAGCAGCCAAGCACUUUACAGAGGCCGUGGAGAAGAUGCAGGAUGUGCCCGACAGCAUUUCGUUUGCCUCCAUUACGGAAGCCAAUUUGCCUAGUGAAGCGAGUGCCUUGAAGGAAAUCUGUCAGCCAGUAGCAAGAAUACAGGAGGCUCUGGAGCGCGUCGAAAUGGAGCUGUCCUUGGAGGAGAGUGAGGAGCAAAUCUACAAAAAGGUGCACAAAAAGGUGCUCGACAGCAUUGUGCAGCCCAUUAAGGAUCUGCAGAGCACACUGCAGUCAAUAGGGGAGAAGACAGAGUCUCUCGCUGGCUCUGAAUCCAUCGAGCAAAAGAUUAACAUGGCCAUUUUGGAUAUUGUAACGCCGCCGCUGUUUGAGCUCAAUAAGGGAUUGGAGCUGAUAGUCAAUGAGAAAUCAGAUAGCGUCGAGGCUGGCAUGUUUACGGUGAGCACAGUGGAGUCCAUGGUGCCGCCACUCCAGGAGAUUCAGAAUGGAUUGGCCCAGUUGGGCCAGGAUCUGGAAAGUGGCCAGGCAGCCAGAGAGGGUGCCAAAUUGGAUUUGGCAGACACCCAGAAGCUAUUGCAGUCCAUUGCGCAAGCCGUUCUGCAUUUCGAGACGAACAUUGAAAGAAUAUCGGAGCGUCUCAGCGAUAAUGUGAAGAUUCGCUUACAAAACCUGAAGGAUGAGCUGUCCGCCCUGAUUGGCACCAUUUUGGACAAGGAUAUAACUCGGUAUCAUGUGCAGCUGCUCGAUAAGCUGAAGCGUCCCAUCGACGAGCUGAACUAUUGCAUACGCCAGACUGAGGUGAAAUCCACCUCUGGGUCUUUGGCCGAUCUGAUCGAACCACUCAGCCUACUGCAGGAGAACACGCAGAAGGGACAGGGAUUGCUGCUGGCCACAAGGGAAGGCGAGCCGGAUAAGCAGGCGCUUCAGUCUCUAGAAAACAUACGCAAUAUAAUACGCAAUGCUAUUAUUGAUAUCGAGGAGCACGAGUUCAAGAUUCUGCAGCAGGAGAUCCAACAGGACGAGCAGCUGGCUGCCCAGCAGGACAAGUCGUUCAGCGCCUUGCGUAAAGUCCUUGAGACAAAGGUCUCACUAGACGAGUCGAUUGCCAACAUUGAAACACUGCAGCUGGCACUAAACAGAAUUAAUGAGAAUGACAAAACAACGCCCAAGAUCAAAUCAUCGGCGAAUGAGGCUCAAGUUUCGCUCUUGAGAAUUCUACAAAUCGCCAAGGGAUUGGCCACCUUCAGUGAGGCAGAGAACACACUCAACUCGAACGAAACGCAAACAAUUCGCAUUUUAUAUGAGAUGGGCAAGAGUUUUGCUGAUCUCGCCAAGACACUUGAUAAUCCAGCUGCCGAUGACAAUGAAUUCAAUGAGGUCUUGAAUAAUUUCAACGACAUUGUUGCCCAGCAGAGAGAAGCUUUGGAUGAGACACUUGCAUGGAAUGCACUUGCCAUAUCCAGUCCACUCUCCAGCUUCGUGCAUGCACUCGAGAGUCUUCACCCACUGAAACAGUCCAAUGAGGACGUAUCCACAUUGGAUGAUGUUUCUGUGCUCAAAUCAUUAGCUGAGUCGUUGCCCACCGAGCCAGAGGCAUAUGCCGAAGAGCUGAAACCGGGCCAGGAAGCUCUGAAGAAGCCAGCUGAGAUGUUGCUCUCAGAUCUGAAUCAUGGCAUUGCAGCUGUCCUCUCGCAUUGUGAGGAUCUGGACGUAAGCUCCUUGCGCGGAGAAACAGGUGAACAACUGCAAGCGGCCAUCAUUAAAAUGCAGGAUCUGCAGAGCAACAUUGCGCUAGUGCAAGAAGCCAACAUUGUCGAGGCUGCCCAGUCCUUCUCCGAAGGCACCGAUCCUGGCACUUUUGCCGCGGCCAUGUGCAGCCUGGAGCGCUGUGUGCUCGAGGUGGAGGAAUGCAUAGCACACAGUGGAGCGGAAAGUCUAAAGGAUCUGGAGCUAUCUAAGCUCAAGACAUUGGCCACACCACUUCACGAUCUACGGCAAUACUGCGAGCAAAUUGAUAUUCAGGCAGUGGAACAGGCACUCGAUAUGUCCUCCCAGAACAUAUCGGAGCUUAAGACCAGCGGGCAGCAGCACACAGUUGAGGAUGCCGCCAAGGAGGCAGCAGUCGUCGCUGCAGAGCCAAAAGUCGAGGUCCUCGAUGUGCAACAGGGCGUGGAAAGCGGCAUCAAGCAGCUGGAGGCUUGCUUGGAGGUAACCAAGAGCGAAGAUCACGAGGAGCUCCGUCAAGUGAGCGAAAUAAUGCAACAGCUGAACGCCGAUUUGAAGAAUAUUCAGCAGGCGCUCGUCUCAGACAGCAAUCAACAGGAAACUGUCCUGGCUCAGGCGAAAAUCGCACGCACCAUGUUCAAGUUGAAGGAGUGCUUGGUGCACACCUACGAAUCGGGUCUGGUCGAUUCCCUAGACAAUGUGGAAAGCGCUUUCGAAGACAUUCUACUGUCUCUGCCGGUGCUGGAGACGCAGCUUGCUCAAGAGAUGUACUCCGAAAUCGAGAAUACUUUCAAGAACUUUAUGACCUACUCUCAGCAACAGUCGCUGGGCAAUGUGCAGCGCAGCUUUGAACAGCUGUUGGAAUCGAUCAGAGCCGUGGCCAUUUCGCCAAACGUUGAUAUAGAUAAGUCAUCGACUUUAAUGAUCAAUCUUCAGACAAACCUAAUGUCCACAUUCAGAGCUCUCAACGAAGUCAGCGAAAAGGCUGAGAAUGAUUUACUGAGCGCCCUACUGAAGACCCAAAACAGUCUGGUGGGCGUGUUUGAUUUCAUUGAGAAUAAUGAGAAUGCAAUACGCAUCAUCGAACUGCUGCAAGAGAUUGAUGCCAUAUCUGCGGAGCUCAAGAGUUUGACUCAACUCCCUGUCGCACCCACAGUGCCAAUUGACAUCAGUGCAAUAAUUGAGAACGUGACAGCGGGCAAGACGUUCCUUACGGAAAUCGAGCGGGGCUUGCAAAACGAUGAUCCACUGAGUGCCAAGCUUCUUGAAGAACACACAGACGAGAUCGGUCAACUGGAAGCCACGCUAAUUCAAAUCGAAAAUGAUAUUCUAUCGCAGCCGCAGCUAACGCAAAUCACAUCAGAGCAACUUUUGCUCAUCGAGACUCUGCAGCAGCAAAUAAACAAUCUGCACGAAAAACUAAUUCAUUUAAGUGCCACACUCGAUGUACAAAGCGAAGAAACACCCACUCAGGUAGAGGGCCCGGAAAUAGAAGAGCAAUUGGAGCAGGCAAAGGUUGCUCAAGAGAAAUCCGAAGUGAAGGCCAAACGAAAACUGGAGGAAGAUUCAAAAGAAAUUUCAACCAAAAAACCCAAAGAUGAAGUUGAUGCAAAGGUCGCUGAAGUACCGGAAAUCCAAGAGAAACUCAAGACUAAAACUUCUCUUGAGAAGGAACAAGAAUUAAGAAAGACUUUAGAUAUAAAAUUCUUAGACUUGUGCAGUGCUGUACAACGUUUGUCGAAUAAGCCUGAAGAAAUAUCAAUUAUAGCCGACAGCAAAGAAAUUAUGGAUAACUUGGAAAGCCCUGAUAAAGUCGUCAAGGGAAUCUUUAAGCUUCGAGAGCACAUUGUACAUACUUAUGAAGGCAAAUCUCCUGACGAACAAACCGACAAAGACAUUGCAGAAGCAUUUAUCGAAUCACUGCUUGAUGCGUCUCCACUUGCUUCAGAGAAAAUUAUCGAAAGUUACGUAAAAGAAAUUAAGACAAACAUAAUACUAAGCAAAGCUGCGCUUCAGCUUAUUGGCGGAUCUGAAUUGGGUGUAAAAUCCUCCUUAAUAGCACCAAAACUUGUCAAGCUUGAAGCCAUUUCAGAAGACAUCAAGUCUAAUCUACAAAUUGAAAAGUCUUCUCAAAAGAUGAUCCAAUUACAACAAGCCCUAAUGGAUAUUUUCGUAUUGGUCGAUGAUUUGCUAGACGAUAAAACAGCUAUAUUAAAACCUAUUAUUGAACAUCUGAAGUCUGUUCUUCUAUCAGAAUAUGAUUAUAUCGAGAAAAACGAGGGGAAGCUCCAAACUGCAACUAUUGAAGCAAAAAUUUAUAAAAUUACCAAAGAAAUUUUAGAUUUUAGCGAAAAGUUGCAACAGCUCAAUGCAGAUAUAAUUGCUGAAAAUCUCCUUGAAAAAGAAUCAAUCGAAGGGCAAAAACUGGAUGCGAAGCAGAAGAAAUUGACUGAAGAGGAAGCUGAAAAGAAAGCCCAACAAGGAGAAGUAUCUGAAGUAGUUGCUGAGAAAGUAUCUGAAGAAAAAGUCCCCGAGAGUAAGAACCCUGAAGUUAAAGAAUCUGAAGCAGAGGCCCAAAUAGCGAAGGUACUUGAAAAAGAAUCAGCCGAACAACAGAAACUGGAUGCAAAACAGAAGAAGCAGGCUGAAAAGGAUGCUGAGAAG